GUGACUUUAGUUUAUAGGCCUAGUUUCUGACCUGAAAAAAGGCUUGGCCUUGGGUUGCUUGGCCUCAUCCUGACUCUCAUGCAUUUGCGUUCCCACUAUCAAGCUCCACUAGCGAUCUCAAAACAUUGCAGGUCGAGAUGGCUUUCCCUUGCCGAGGCCUAGGGCGAGAUUAGAUUAAGAUAGAGAAAAAAUCUGUUGCCCCAUCAGUACGACUCAAUCUUGACUACUUGCAUGCUAGUAUGUCACCUGGUGACACGAACGCCCCUCUGUCUGUCUGGUACAUUGUCAUUGACCAAUGUGGGACGCCGCCUGGAGGGUACCUGAUGUAGUUUUCAACGGACAUCGUCAUGUUUUCAUUGGCGUUGCCAUAUUUACCAGUUGGACAUGCAUCCAAUCCCUGACAUCACCGACAUAGUCACCAGAAUGCUGUGAAACGCUAUGAAUAAAGCAGUUGAAGAUCGUCCUGCAGUUAGACUGGUAACAGCAGCUGAAAGAGGUGACACAGAAGCAGUGAGGCGUACACUGGAUGAAACCCACAUCAAUCCUAACAAUGUUAGGACGCGGCUGACAUCAAGGAGUCCUCUUCAUAUGGCAUGUGGUUACGGCCAAGUUGAUGUGGUAGAAGAACUCCUCAAGGCUGGUGCUGAUCCUGACCAAACAACCACCACCGGGCGGACGCCGCUCCAUGAAGCAUGUGCUGGUGGUCAUGGCAAAGUGGUUCAAUUGUUGCUGGAGUUCACCAAGGAACUAGACAUGCACGACUGCGACCGACGCACUCCUGCUCACAUCGCUGCCUUCCAUGGUGAAUUGGAUUGUUUUAGAUUGAUGAUUGAAAAAGGUGCAUCCACUGAUUGUGAAGAUCGUAAAGGUCUCCAUCCUGCCCACCUAGCUGCGAUGCGGAAUCAUUAUAAGAUUCUAGAGUACCUGUUUGACCUAGGCAUCAGCCUUGAGUGUGUCUGCCAGACAGGAAAGAUGCCCAUGCAUUAUGCAGCCCAACAUGGAGGUUUGACCAGUUUACUAAGUUUAGUUGAGCGGGACUGUGACAUCACAAUUGGCGACAACAGUGGCCUACUUCCUGCCCAUUGUGCCGUUCUGAACGAUCACCUGGAUUGUCUCCGCUUUCUCAUACAACAAGGCACAGCUAUGGUCGCCACAACCAAGGACGGAAAAAUACCACUUCAUUUUGCUUGUAUCAAAGGGUCGCAAAUGUGUGCCCACUGGCUCAUGCACAAGGGAUGUAAUCCAAGUGUACAAGACUUACUUGGUAAUACGCCUGCUCACUAUGCGGGAGAAGGAGGCCACGCCAAGCUGCUCAACUGUUUCCUUCAGCAUGACGGACAGUUGGAUAUCCUGAAUGAGAAAGGAGACAAUCCACUGAUGGCAGCGAAGAAGUUUGGCCAUCCUCUACUCAUGGAGAAAGCUGUCAAGAAUGAAGUCACCUGCGACCUGUGUUUUGCCAAGUAUAAGAAGCAUGAGUAUGAGAAAGCACAUCAGCCCAAGCCAGUGGAGAGAGCUAUCAAUAAUAUCAGACACACGGUCUUCAAGUCACCUGUAGCUGCUGUCCAGAAGCCACUGACGAGGGCAGAGUUAAACAAACUCAAGCGAGAGGUGAUCGAGAAGAAGAAAAAGAAAAAUAAGAAUGUUGCAAAUGUUACAGCGAGGAAAUUGCCACCAAGGGACCUGGCUGCGAGAUACUUUGGUGAAUUUCUGGAAGAUAAUUACUGAUUGUGCUUUCGUGUACUCAGCAGACAUUAGGUGAUGCAGUGUCCCACAGUACAAAAGGUGGAAUACACAUUACUAGCGUGCCGGCUUGCUGUUGUUAAUAAGCCUUGCUUGGACAUUUCGUGAACAAUAGCUCAGACAGAGUGAACACAGUAAUUGAACCCGAAGUUAUCAACACUGCCAGUGUGUCUUUCCAUCACAUUCACAGCUGUUUUCGAUAUGUGGUUUGGCACCGCGGCCUGGCUAUUGCCUGGAGAGCAAUGUCAGAGAAUCCCGCACUCGUGACACACAAGCAGACAAUACCAGAACUUCCACAGUAUUUAUUAUGACUCGGUGUACUGCAUAAUACGGUAGUUGGAGAAAGUUGGUCUCCUUCAAGGUGUCUUCCAGAACAAAAGAAAAUGUUAAAAUUCGUAGCUGUAGGUGUAUGUGGGCAUAAAUAUUUGUAAAUACAAUUUACAUGUACAUACAGUAUUAUCAUAAGUGCAUCACCAAAGCCCAGUUGCUCUAUUGGCGUUGGAGGUAAAUGCCAGCAGCUGGCCAGCUAAGUGUAAUAUCCUAUGGUAAAUUUUGUUUACAAUCGUAGCAUUAGAACUUGACUGCUAAUAACGAUUGGCCUUUUUUGCUUGGCUUUUGAAUGUUUUUUCUUUCCGUCCAUUUUAAGACAAUAUUCAAGAUUGUGACAGCUCCAAGAUGCAAAUCUUAUGUCGAAGUAGAGAGUGCUUUUGAGAUUAUAAUACAGCGGGUUGUAUGCUGUACAUGUAUUCAAAUUUUACAUAUCAUGUGGUGUUAUAAAAAUGCUCAAAGUUAUUGC